AUGCCGCACCCCACGCCGGGCCGCGACGGCGCGCCAUCGCCAACAUCCCCGGCAGGCACCCCCGCUGCCGCUGCCGCAAAGCUGGAUCCUCUCGCAGCCGUCCGAAACCAGGACGCUGAGCGCCGCCCGUCCAUCCAGUUCCUCGCGAAUCAAGGUCUACCUAAACGAAGUGGCAGCCCGAAGAUCAGACAGCGCCGUCUGUCCUCUCCUCCGCCUCCACCUGUUUUCCAGCCUCGCGUAUCCUUCGACACGUUUGACAAGCCCGCCGACUUCAUCGAAGAGAACUCGUUCACAUUGAUCAGGAAACACAAGGACUACGAAUACACAAAGCGGUCGCGGACCUUUCUCUGCGGCCUGGACUCGAACGACUACUCGGAAUAUGCGCUUGAGUGGCUCAUUGACGAGCUCGUCGACGAUGGAGACGAAAUUGUGUGUUUGCAGGUCGUCGAAAAGGGCGACAAGGUUGCCGGAGAGAGCAGUAUCGACCAUGGACGAUACCGAGCGGAGGCGGAAAAGUUGAUGGACAGGAUCCAAAUGAAGAACACUGAGAACAAGGCUGUCAACCUCAUCCUAGAGUUCUCGGUCGGCACGGUCCACAAGGUCAUUGAUGAGAUGAUCAACCUACACGAACCAGCAAUUCUCAUUGUGGGGACGCGUGGUCGAAGUCUCGGUGGCUUUCAAGGGCUGCUUCCCGGAUCCGUCUCCAAGUACUGCCUUCAACAUUCGCCCGUGCCUGUUAUCGUUGUUAGGCCCACCAGCAAAAGGGCCAAGACCAAGCGGAAGCGUCUGCAAGAUCCCACGAGGACGGGCUACCGGGACCUGCUCGACAAGAGCGGAGCUGCAGGCGGACACCUGCUCGACACAGGCCACAGGCACAGCCUCAUGCUCGACGAGCUCCAGCAGGCGGCCACAGACGAGGAAGCUGCGGCCGUUGCAAAGGCGGUGGGAUACAACCCGCCACCGGAACCCAGCCCUCUCGGACAGGAUGAUGGGCAGCUGGGACCCCAGACGCCCGAUAGUAUUACAAACGAUCCCCUGAUGAGCGGCGAGAAUUCUCCUGAUGACGCCCGCGACGACGUGGGUGCGUUGAUGAAGAGCCCGGAGCUCCAGAACCUCGAUACUCCGGCUGUCAGCAGCGAUGAAGAUAGCGAUGAUGACGACGGCGGAGUGCAGAUGUUCCCUCCGGCUCUCCAAGAACCCGCCUCGCAGGACUCUCCAAGUUUGUCCCCGAACACGACACUGGUAGAUGAGAGCAGAAGCAACACGAUACAGGACGACGACUCACGUGCAGACGUGAGUCCUGGAACGUUGACGCCUGCUGUGGAGAGUCUAUCAGUGUCGGAUCAGGGACAACCUGUAGAGCCUGCUUCUUCUGAAGAGCCGAAGGAAAAGAGCUAA